GAUCUGAGGAAGUUGGAGUCCACAGACUUCAUCGAGGAAAGACGAACCUGGAUUGGCAGUGUACUAUUUAUUGUACCGAUCAGCUUGUGAUCAGAUGGAUCUACCGUUUAUGAAGCCUGAUGAAGCUUCAGAGUUUAGGAAGGCUUUGGGCAUUCCUUCCGAUCAAUAUCUUCUGGUAGCUUUUGAUGAAGUUAAAAAGAGUGACAAAGGUGUGGUUUGUCUAUACAACGACUUUAUCGGUAUUAUUCGUGAGUUGUGUAAAGAACCGGACUUGUUUUUUAUAGUUGUUGGGAAAAGUGAAGGCUUAAAUAUAUACAAUUACGUAGUUUCAGUCUCAAGGGUUCAAUUAGUGUUUAUUCCUCUUGCGCCGCUUGAGAAACAUAGCAUCGUGGAACAUUUGGAGAAAAGUUCUUCCUUUUAUUUAAUUAGAGAAUCAAACUUUAUAUAAAACAAUAUUCGAUGUGUUGUGUGCUUUUAUAUACUUCUUGAGAUAACAUAUUUAUUUUCACUAAAAAUAUGGGAUUUUAUUAAGCCAAAGAAAGAAAUGUUGUUUCUUGGCUUUCCUUAAAAGGAAUAUUGUAUAGAGAGAGGCUUGUAUUACCUGUGAUUGGUUUUUAUCUUUCCUCGAGAAGUUCAUUAUGGACCAUUCUAUCCGAGAGCUUAGCCAGGCUACCUAUAAUUGUGUAGCGGUAGAUCGUAACCCUAAAGUCACGAAACAAGUGUAUCAGCUGAACCAAAAGUGAAAAGCAAUGGUUAUUUCUGGAACUGAUCAAAUGGAGCAAAUCAUUAUUUGUUGUGGUCCACUUCUUUUGGUACUGUAAAGAGCACAUUUGCCUUGAAUGAUCUGGAUUUACUCAAAAAGAUGGCGUUGACGGUGCUUUAGGGGGUUCUUCCUUGGAUCCUCACAAUAGGAACUUUUUGGAAACUUGAAAAGCGCCAGUCGUCUUUUUGUCAUUCUGAAAAGCUUUGGUCAAUAACCUCCUGAAAAGAGAAGCUUCAAGUGGGCAGUUUGCAGCGAAUACUCCAGAGCCGAAUCCAUUCGAGCCGUAUGAUAAUAUACAACCAAGGCCUAAAGUGGUGUCUGAGAAGAUUCGUGAUGUGUUGAAUAUGAAAACAAAUGAAUAUCUUUUUGUCAUU